AUGUCUGACUAUAGUAAUCAAUUCAGUACGAUGUCUUCGAAUGCUGAUCCAAAGACUACUCCUUCUAAUCGAAUACCAUCAAAUAAUCAGCAGCAAUUCAGAACCGAUGAUAUAUCAACCUUUAAUCCAAAUAAUAUGUCACCUGUCUUCACGUCACAGGAUAAUAAUAAUGGUAAUAAUAAUAUGAAUCUAAAUAGAUAUCAAAAUCUUUCCUUUAACAAUAAUGGUCAAUAUAGUCAACUUCUCAAUAGACAACAAUUAGUACAACAGGAGAGCCCAGAUCAAUCUCAACUGCAACAACAAAGCCAUCACUAUCAGGCGCAAACACAAGCACAAGCACAGACACAAGCGCAGCAGCAGCAGCAGCAAACACUGCCAUAUCUUUGGGCAUCUUCUAAUCAACCGAAAAGUAUAUUUAUAAAUGCUUCAUCCAAUUUGCCAAUACUUGCCAAUAAAGUGCCAGAGCAACAACCACAACCACAACCACAACAAUUGCAGCUCCCACAUCAAGAACAAAUACAGCGAUAUUCUUCUUCAUCUCUAACAACUGUACAUAAUGACGUCUCUUCGCUAUUAUCACAGCAAAAUAAUGACGCUAAUAAUACUAAUGUUCAAGAAGAUGAUCCGCAACAACUUAUGCUAUCACAAGAUAUUAGCCAUUUGACUACAUUCCCUUCAUCACUUUCUAAAAGACUAUCACUAAUAAUACCAUCAAAGACAACUCUAAAGAAAAAAUCCGCAAACACUUUUGCCAAAUUCAUUUUCGCUGAAGAUCGUUAUUCAGAUAAUUUAAUAUGUCAAUUUUAUGAUCCCAAUAAUACAAAUGAAGAUUCCUCGAUUUGUAACAAGAUAAUCAAAAUGAGUAGUAAAUCAAUAAAACGUAGAACUCAAGCACGUAAAUGUAAAGACCAUCUAAGAUUAGAACAUGACAUAGAAAUAAAUCCAAAUAAUUAUUUACAUUAUUUAAAUCAUAAUUCUGAACUUUUUAAAAAAGCAUAUACCACAAAGACUUUAGCUAACGUGAAACCACUAGUGGAAUCAUUCUCCAUGGCUCAUGAUUUACAAAAGAUGCAAAAUAUGCAGGCAUAUGUAGAAUUAUCAGAAUUGUUUAACUUGGCUCAUAUACCAAUUGAAGUCUUUGAACAUCCACUAUUCAUGGUUUGGUUUAAAAGAUGGGUUAGUGAGAAGGAAUUGUUUACUCCAGCACAUGAUGAAUUGAUUAAUUUGACAAAUACCAAUGACGCUCCGACAAGCCUCACUGAUAGAUCGGCCAACGCCCCGGUUAAUAAUAACAACAAUGGUAAUAACAGUAAUAAUAAUAAUAAUAAUAUCCCGCAUAAUAUUGAUAGAAACGAACUUAUUCAACAUAAUACUAACGGCGCUGACGAUGAACAAGAAGGAGAAGAAGAAAGCAUGACAACAACGGUAUCUAAUGACAACUAA